CAGCCUCUGCGCCGCGCCGCGCCCCCCGCGGCCACCCUCGGAGGCGACCCGCGAGCGCGGCGCACGGCGCACGGCGAUGCGCCGGGGCGGGCGCUGAAGGCGGCGCCGCGCGAAGCAGCAGCAUAGGCGGCGGCGGCCCCAGCCCAGCCCGGCGCGGCCGCCGAGCCCGGGCCCCAAGGUGCGGCCGUGGAAGUUCCCGCCAUGAGCAGCUGGCCGGCGGGGCUUCGCGGCCCGGGAGACUCCAGCCUGGCCGAGCGCGACCGCAGCGCCCCGCGGCCCCGACGCGCCUAACGCCGCCGCCGAUCGCUGGUCCCGCCACCGCCACCGCGUCCCCGCCGCCGCCGCCUCGGCAGCUGCAGCAGCACCGCCGGCACGGCAGCAUGUCUCGGAGGAAGAUCUCAUCCGAGUCCUUCAGCUCCCUGGGCUCCGACUAUCUGGAGACCAGCCCCGAGGAGGAGGGGGAGUGCCCCCUGUCCAGGCUCUGCUGGAAUGGCAACCGGAGCCCGCCCGGGCCGCCCGAGCCCAGCGCGGCCACCGCUGCCGCUGCUGCCCCGGCCUCGGCCACCUCGGCUGCCGCCGCCGCCGCCGCCGCCGCCGCCGCCGCCGCCGCGGCCGGGGCCAGGAGGGCGCAACGCCGCCGGCGGGUCAACCUGGACUCGCUGGGCGAGAGCAUCAGCCGCCUGACGGCGCCCUCGCCUCAGACAAUACAGCAAACUCUCAAGAGCACACUGCAGUAUUAUGAGCAUCAAGUCAUUGGUUACAGGGAUGCAGAAAAGAACGUCCACAAUAUCUCUAACAGAUGCUCCUAUGCAGACCAUUCCAACAAAGAGGAAAUUGAAGAUGUCUCAGGAAUUCUUCAGUGUACUGCUAACAUACUCGGUUUGAAGUUUGAGGAAAUUCAAGAAAGAUUUGGUGAGGAGUUCUUUAAGAUAUGCUUUGAUGAGAAUGAGAGAGUGCUUCGAGCUGUAGGUGGCACCUUGCAGGACUUUUUUAAUGGAUUUGAUGCUUUGUUGGAACACAUUAGAACUUCUUUUGGAAAACAGGCCACUCUGGAGUCGCCAUCUUUCCUAUGCAAAGAGCUCCCAGAAGGAACUCUCAUGCUCCACUAUUUCCAUCCUCACCAUAUUGUGGGGUUUGCAAUGCUGGGGAUGAUUAAGGCUGCAGGAAAGAAGAUCUAUCGCCUGGACGUGGAAGUGGAACAGGUUGCAACUGAGAAGCUGUGCUCUGAGGGUUCAAACCCAGGCAAUUGUAGCUGUCUUACUUUCCUUAUCAAGGAAUGUGAAAAUACUAACAUCACGAAGAACCUUCCCCAGGGAACUUCUCAAGUUCCAGCAGACCUCAGAAUUAGCAUCAACACCUUCUGCAGAGCUUUCCCUUUCCACCUGAUGUUUGAUCCCAACAUGUUGGUCCUCCAGCUGGGGGAAGGCCUAAGAAAGCAGCUCCGAUGUGACACUCACAAAUUGCUCAAGUUCGAGGAGUGCUUUGAGAUUGUUUCUCCAAAGGUCAAUACCACCUUCGAGAAGGUCUUGCUGCGACUGUCCACCCCAUUUGUGAUUAGAACCAAACCUGAGGCUUCCAGCACUGAAAAUAAAGACAAGGUGAUGGAAGUCAAAGGACAAAUGGUCCAUGUUCCAGAAUCAAAUUCCAUUUUGUUUUUGGGCUCUCCCUGCGUGGACAAGUUGGACGAACUCAUGGGUCGAGGCCUGCACCUCUCAGACAUCCCUAUUCAUGAUGCCACCCGAGAUGUCAUUUUGGUUGGCGAACAAGCAAAGGCCCAAGAUGGCUUGAAGAAGAGGAUGGACAAAUUAAAGGCCACUUUAGAAAGAACUCACCAGGCCCUGGAAGAAGAGAAAAAGAAGACAGUGGAUCUCCUAUAUUCUAUUUUCCCUGGCGAUGUAGCCCAGCAGCUGUGGCAAGGACAGCAAGUGCAGGCCAGGAAGUUUGAUGACGUCACCAUGCUCUUUUCAGACAUCGUUGGCUUCACGGCCAUAUGUGCCCAGUGUACGCCCAUGCAAGUGAUCAGCAUGCUGAAUGAACUCUACACCAGGUUUGACCAUCAGUGCGGAUUUUUGGAUAUUUAUAAGGUGGAGACAAUAGGCGAUGCAUACUGUGUUGCAGCGGGGCUUCACAGGAAGAGCCUCUGCCACGCCAAACCCAUUGCUCUGAUGGCCCUGAAGAUGAUGGAGCUUUCAGAAGAGGUGCUGACACCUGACGGAAGACCAAUUCAGGUAACCCUGUCAAAAAUCCCAUGUGAGUAGUAAAUGUACCUUCAAUUGGAGGGGGCUGAUGUUCCCUUCUGAAUUCUACCUACUGUAAUUGAUAAAUCUAGACAAGUCAGGUGCUCAAGGAGGACAGAGAGUCACUAGGUACAGCUUGUGAAAAUGGAAUAUGGUCUAAAAUAGGAAAGGUAUGUGGAAGGCAAAUUACUAUGGUGAGAAAAAGGAACUAAAGGAUUAGACCAAGGGGGAGAGUUUGCUGUCAGUGAUCAAAUCACUACAUCCAAGCAAGGGUGAAGGUGAGAAUCAGAGUCUGAGAUGUAAGCCAAGAAGUAAAUAACAAAGAAGCAAGAAGGUGGCAGACCUGGGCAGCUUCCUGUAGGUAGUGGCUAGGUGUUCCUUAUGAAACCUCACACCUGAGUUUUGCAGUUUUCAUGUGGCAAAGUUUGGAGGUUGGAGACUCCUACUGACUCUCAAAGACAGUGGAAAUAUACUGGUGUGUUGUACUUUUUUUGGGGGGGUCUGAAAUCUAGGGUCUACCUCUGGGAAUGGCCACGGUCAUCUACCUGUAUUUUUGCCAGAGUCCAAUAACCAUUUUCAGAAUUCUCCUUAUGAUGAGUCCUUGUAAAUUAGAAAUCUUAUACUAAGAGAAGUAACCUCAAGCCGGGUGUGGUGGCACGUUUCUAUAAUCUCAGCUACUUGAGAGGCAGAGAUAGAAGGAUCUU